CCGCCUCCCCCAGCCGUCGAUGGUUCGGAUGUCGCCGUCCUCAAGCGCGUUGCGGUCCCUGACAAAGCCGCGCUGGCCAACAUGAGGACCGAGGUGGAAACAAUGAAGAAGCUGAAGGGCCACCGGCACAUCGUCACCUACAUUGACUCCCAUGCCUCCCAGCUCAAGGGCGGCGGCUACGAGGUCUUCCUCCUCAUGGAAUACUGCGCCGGGGGUGGUCUCAUCGACUUCAUGAACACGCGGCUGCAGAACCGGUUGACGGAGCCUGAGAUCCUGACCAUCUUCGCGGAUGUCGCCGAAGGUGUAGCGUGCAUGCACUAUCUCAAGCCGCCCCUGUUGCACCGGGACCUCAAGGUCGAAAAUGUCCUGAUCUCCCUGUCCGGCAGUUCCCCUGUCUACAAGCUGUGCGAUUUUGGAUCCGCGGCGCCUCCACGACCGGCGGCCACGUCGGCUGCUGAGGGCCGUCUCAUCGAGGAUGACAUUCAGCGACAUACGACGUUGCAGUAUCGAAGUCCCGAAAUGAUCGACGUCUAUCGAAAGCAGCCGAUCGACGAGAAGAGUGAUAUAUGGGCCUUGGGGGUGUUGCUCUACAAGCUGUGCUACUACACGACCCCAUUCGAAGAGGUCGGCCAGAUGGCCAUCCUCAAUGCGAGCUACAAAUUUCCCGCCUAUCCCCCGUUUUCUGAUCGCUUAAAGAGGCUGAUCGCGUCUAUGUUAAUGGAAAACCCGCAGAAGCGACCCACGAUUUAUGAAGUCUUGCGGGAAGCUUGCAGCAUGCAAGGAAAGGAGGUUCCAAUCCACGAUAUUUACUCCCAACGCACCCAAUCGGAAACUCGUAGUUACCAGGAACUUCCUCCGUCGACCACUGAAGCGCCCAAGGUCGGUGCGAUCUUCUCACCUCCGAUACAAGAGACUCAGAUCAUCCCCGAUAUUGCUCCGAUGCGACGAGGUCGUCCGUCGAAGCCAACUUCGCAACAGAAUUCUGCGAACCCCAGCCCGUCUCCAUUCCGGGGAGGAAAUUCCAAUUCCAACGACCCUUUUGCUGCCCUGGAUGGCGCAAGGCCGAAACUCGAAAAUACGGACGAACUGUCAGCCCGGUUCCCGACACUUGACCAGUUCUCGCUGCUGCACGAGAAGAAUGGUAAAUUCGAAUUCGAGCCUACUGUGACCGAGACGAAACUCGAUGCUGCCGAGGACUUGUCCCAAAGGAUCACGAACGCGUUGGCUGACGAGGCGUUCGUAAAACGUUCCUCUCCGUCGAGGAUACCAAGCCAGGAACCCACUGGGAAUAAUCACCAGCAGGGGUCGUCGUCUACCGAGAAGAGACAAAACGAGUCUCUCGACCAGCGCGGAGAAUCAGCCAGAACCCAGACACCGCUGCACCAGCCCGUCCCGCAGAAACCCAAGAUGGUCGACGCCGGUACCAUGACGGACCCUCCCCCUCCAGGGCCGGAGAUCACGUCCUAUUCAAACCGCCCCAUCUAUCGAUUCCCACCACCAGGGCAUGAGCGGCGACCUUCGAGUCAACCAUGGUCUGUUGAAUUGGAGAGAUCACACUCUGGUCUCGGCAGCGGCGUCCCUUCACAGACGACGACUAUCCACAAAGUGGAACCGAAGCCAAAAACAUCGUCUGAGAAGAUUUCCAAUGCACCAACCUCUUCGCGACCGUCGCUGGAGGUUACCAGACCUGCCCUCAUCGAUCUUGACGAUGCCGUCUCUCGACCCAAGUCAGCCAAUUCCCGGGCUCGCCCUGCAAGUGUUUUUGCGGGUUCGAAAGUCGAUUAUGCGAAAGAGCCUGAUGUCCGUGGCUCAUCGUUCGAUCAGCACAGACCCCAGUACGAAGACGGAGAACCGCUCCGGCACAUGCGGACCGAUGGGGAUCGGGACCUUGACCGUGCGAACAUCACAUCGGAUGUCGACUUCCUGCGCGCACGAGAGGAGGAAGAGAUGAAUCGCAAGAAGGAGAAACGGCACAGCAGUGGUUCGAAGCAUGUCAAACGGUCCAGCCUGUCCUUUCUAUCUGGGCGAUUUGGAGAUGCGUUCCGCCGUUUCGAGCAGAAUGCUCAGGACAAGGAUGCCGGUAGCCAGCCGCCAUCCCCGGACGACGCAAAUAAGCCUCUGACUCCGAUCGCUGGGUCUGAAAUGACGGACACCAGUGAUGACGGCUCCGGUGACAACGAUCCUACCGAUAUUUCCCCAGAGAUGCGGCGAGAGCUGGAGCGCAGGCGCCUUUCUCAGGAAGAGAGACGCGUGGCGAACGCUGCUGCUGAGUAUCGACUCCGUGUCGCUGGAAAGGGGGUCGGCGGUCGUGAUGGCACAAAAUCGCCCGUUAUCCAAAGCAAAGUCCAGUCCCUUCUCCAGAACAGCAACCAACCUCCUCCCCCCAAAACGGCCUCGGGCUAUGGACGGUAUACCGACGCGAAUCCUCCUCUGCCGGCAAGGCCGUCUGAGUCCCAAGCGGAGAAGGAGUACGCGCCGCCGCUGCCGGUGCGGCCGAAGCCACCACCGAAGGAGAUCAAGGUUCCUUCGAGUGGGUCAGAGGGGCUUGUGAGAGAUCAAACCGCCACCGACGCGUCGCAGCGUUCAGUUCAACGGCCCGCGGCGCCUCCCAAACCGAAGAACCUGAGACCGGGCGGUGCGGCUGAGACACCCACGAAUGAGGCAGGACCAGUCAGCCCUACGUCUGACGACUGGGAGGCGAAUUUCAGCCGGCGCUAUCCGAGUCUGUCCGGCCUAGAGCUGGUGGAGACGGAGAUCGAAGUGCCGAAAAUGUCGACGAUCCGGACGCGGGAGGUUAUUUUCCACGGAGCAUUCGACGAAUCUGAUCGGUUCCAUUCAACGCCAUUCCAUGCCAUUCGAUGCAUACAUAUAUCCAAUUUCCGAUUCUCUGCUGGACGGACUUUGUUGUUGUUGUUGUCGUCGUCGUCGUUGUCAUUAUCGCGGAGUGAUGAUGUCCUAAUAGCCAUCUACAAACUGAUACUACCUACCCAUUAUUAUAAGCUUUGUUUGCUACUUACUUUUGAGUUGGAAGAUGCAGACACGGGUACUACAGAAGAUAUAAUUGAAGAAUAUCAUUGA